UCGGUUUUCGGGAACGUGCGCUCAAAAUCGUUACGUAUAGUGUCAUUCGCGAGAUAAGGGGUUAUUUGGGUGACAUCUUCUCCCUGACCCGGAACUAGAAUUCGCCUAUGGAGUACAGGCGUAUGUUGCCCCUAGCAGUGCUAGGCCUGCUUUUACUGGGAUGUAGUGCUCCACCAACGGAUGCGGCCCGAAUUCUUGGCAUAUUACCUUCUGUCGGACGGUCGCAUUACAUCAUUGGGGCUGGUCUUAUGAAAGCGCUACUUGACGCAGGUCACGAUGUGACCAUCGUCAGCCCGUACGCAAUGAAAGAUGCGCCAUCUGGCCGUCACCGUGAUAUUCUACUGCCGGAACUAGCCGCCGCGCACGACGUAACUGGGCCGAAUCUCUUCGAAUACAAGAACGCACCGAACCUGAUGGUGUUAUAUCUGGUGUACAAUGAGUUUGGCCCUCUUUCAUCGCAAGGUGUGCUGGAGCAUCCGAAGAUGAUUGAGCUGAUGAAGUCUGGUGAACGGUUUGACGCGGUCAUUGUGGAGUCGUUUGCGAGCGAGGUACUCUACGGUUUGGCGGAACAUUUUGGUGGCCAUCUGUUUGUGUUCUCUCCAUUCGGGGCAUCAAUGUGGACAAGCGAACUCGUCGGUACACCGUACCCGUACUCGUACAUACCGCACACCUUCCUUAGCUUUACGAACGAAAUGUCCUUCUGGCAGCGCUUUGCGAACGCGGUGGUGGGACAUGUCGACAAGCUGUACUAUCGCUGCGUGUUUCUUCCCAAACAAGAAGCCAUGUUUCAACGGUACUUCCCGAACGCGAAGCUCACCUUCCAACAGACGCUUGAAAGUGUCCGGUUGGCGUUUGUUAAUCAACACUUCAGUCUCAGCUAUCCACAUCCGUAUGCUCCGAACAUGGUUGAGAUCGGAGGCAUACAGAUUCAACCGUCAAAGAAACUUCCUGUUGACAUCCAACAGUACAUUGAUGAAGCUACCGAAGGUGUUAUCUACUUCUCGAUGGGUUCCAUGUUAAAGGGACGAAACUUUCCAGAAGAAAAGCGUGCUGCUUUCGUAAAUGUGUUCCGUGGACUGAAGGAGAACGUCAUCUGGAAGUACGAGAACGAUAGUCUUCCGGACAAACCGCCAAAUGUGCUGAUCAAGUCGUGGAUGCCACAAAGCGACGUUCUUGCUCAUCCGAAGGUGAAACUGUUUAUCACACACGGUGGCCUGCUCGGGACUACCGAGGGACUUUACCACGGUGUACCAAUGGUCGGUAUUCCAAUUUACGGCGAUCAGGAGCUAAAUUUGGCUCGUGCAGAGCACGCCGGGUAUGGUGUGAAGCUUGCCUACGAGACACUGAACGAGGAGACGAUCUCGGCCGCCAUCCAGAAGGUGCUCACUGAUCCUUCUUUUACCGAGCGUGCCAAACUCAUCUCCGAACGCUACCGUGAUCAACCGCUCGGACCGGCCAAAACUGCGGUCUACUGGGUUGAGUACGUAUUGCGUCACGGUGGUGCUCCACAGCUUCAAUCCCCGUCCGUACGGUUGUCCUUCAUCGAAUACAAUCUGCUGGACGUAUACGCAGUGAUGGUCGCGAUUGCUUUAUCAGUGUUAAUUGGCAUGGGUGCGGCAUUCAAGGCACUGCUGAGACGGUUGGGAAUCGUCAAUCGAGUGCGCCAUGCUAACAAGGGAAGCAAGAAAAAUCAGUAAUAAGAAGAAACGCAGACAGCAAAUACAAAAACACCAAUUUGACGAUGUGCCAUAGAAGCCAAAGACAAGGAUUGCGACAAAAUAGUAAAGGAUCUACCAAAAAUCCACACGAUUAGAUUAUUACAAAUGAGACUUUACGCUCGUCUGUUUCAGCGCAACAUUUGACAUACCAGCCGUAUGCUUAAUGAUGAUAAGCGUAAACAUGAUGGAUUGCGAUGAAGAAAUUCUACCGCACGCCGAGAGGGUGCUAGUUCAAAUGCCCACAAAAUGGUUUGGCAUAGUGUGGCUAAGAUAACAACGGAUGUGAUAUGUAUACGCGAUAAGAACGUGCGUGUAUUCCGUGACACUUGUUACUUUUUCGAAUUGAAUGUGAUUGAAUAAAUAUUUAACA